GGUGAGACUGAGUGCAGCCACAGUUCUCCAUUGUCUUCUGGGCAGGCUGAGGAUCUGUGCCUCUGUUCCGAGGGUACUGGGAGCCAUGGAAGGUUUGACAUAGAAGAGGGGAGUGAUCUGAAUCAGGCCUUAACAGACUUUCUCCGGCUGCAGAGUGGAGAACAGACAGUAGGGGUGAGGGCUGCAAUGGUCUAAAUGAGUGUUGGUGACACUUGGACCAGGUUGGUGGCUGUGGAUCUGAGAGGAAACGUAUGGCUUCUGGAUUUGUUUUUAAGGUCAGCGUGACCUUUGAGGAUGUGGCUGUGGACUUAUCUCAGGAGGAGUGGGAGCUUCUUGAUGGGACUCAGAGACUGCUGUACCAUGAUGUGAUGCUGGAGAAUUUUGCACUUGUGGCCUCACUGGGACUUGCAUCUUCCAGGUUCCACGUGGUUGCCCAACUGGAGCUCAGGGGAGAGACCUGGGUGCCUGACAAGGCAGACAUGACUCCAGCCACAGCAAGAGGGCCCUGGGUUGGGGGACUGGACCUGGUAAAUGGGAAGUUGUUGGUUUUGAAUGGAGGAUGA